AGGAUAUUGCUAAUGAAUAUUUGCAGAUUUUAAAUGAUCCUAAAAAUACUUUCAUUUCAAAUCCUAAUAUACGUCACCAUGUUAAAAAUAACCAUUCAUCUCAAAGGAUCAGUGGAAUUGUAACAUUAAUGCAUAAAGAGAAAUCGUCAAAUAAUUGA